AUGCAAGCGAAAGGAAACAGUGGGCGAGUUGUGAGCACGGAGGCUCGGGGCCUCCGAAGUGGAAAGACAGACAAGGGCGCCGGCUCCAGGACGGCUGCCGGUCCUAGGCUGGUCCGCGCCGGGCAGCCCUUUCCUCUUUGGAAACUCCUGAGCUGCCCAAGCUGUUUAAACUCUCGGGCCUCGGCAGCUGCCCACCUCCUCACAGACCUCACCACUGGCUUGAAUCUGGGACACAAGGCCUGA